GAAUAGCCGGCCGGGUAAUUCUACCGUGUGUCGAUAUCGAUAUUUCCAACGAUAUUUCUCCAAAAUAUCGCGAUGGAAUCGAAAUCGAUUGGAAUAUCGUGGAGACUUGGAUAAACAACGUCACUGGAAAGUGUGAGUGAGAUUGUUGACCGUGUGUUUUUCCGUGGAAAAUCUUGAAUUUUCCCCAUUAGAACCAGCACAAAAAUGUUCUCAUCGAGUGAACUUACCCUCUAUGCAAUUCUCUGUGUCAUCCUCAUUGAGAAUGCCUUUGAAAUCUACCUUUCUCUGCGACAGAUUCGCGUCUACAGGACCUCCCGGACAAUUCCUAAGGAACUGAGCAGCGUCAUCACCGAGGAGACAUUCCACAAAGCACGGGUAUAUGGUCAAGAUAAGGAAGAAUUUGCUGUAUUUCAGGCAAUCAUCACACAACUCCUUAUUGUCCCUCUUGAACUCUAUUUGGGCUUCUUUGCCUUCGUUUGGGCCCUAUCGGAGAACUUUACCGCCAAUGUGGGACUAGAUAGUUCCAGUGAGAUCUACGUGAGUUGCAUGUUUGUUUUGGUGCUCAAUUGCAUCAAUUUCUUCAAGGAUCUCCCCUUCAAAGUUUACAAGACUUUUGUCCUGGAAGCACGUCAUGGAUUCAAUAAACAAACUCCUGGAUUCUUCGUCAAGGAUCAAUUGAAAGGAAUUGCCGUUGCCAGUGUCAUUUCCCUCCCAAUUGUGGCAGCUGUUGUUGCUAUUGUUCAACGUGGCGGGGAAUUCUUUUUUGUCUGGCUGUGGCUCUUUACGAGUGCAGUCACGCUUCUGCUCAUGACAAUCUAUCCCAGUGUAAUAGCGCCCCUUUUUGACAAGUACAAACCCCUCGAUGAAGGUCCCCUGAGGAAGAGUAUUGAAAACCUGGCGGCAUCCCUGAAAUUUCCCCUGGCUCAACUGUACGUCGUUGAGGGAUCCAAGAGAAGCGCCCACAGCAAUGCCUACUUCUAUGGCCUUUGGGGCUCCAAGAGGAUCGUGCUCUUUGACACUCUCCUUCUGAACAAGGGCGCUGCCUCCGAUGAGGGCCUCAAGGAAGAGGAAAAGGGCAAAGGAUGCGAAGAUAGCGAAGUUCUUGCAGUUCUCGGACACGAAUUGGGCCACUGGAAACUCGGACACAUCACCAAAAACCUCAUCAUCAUGCAAGUUCAUCUCUUCCUCCUCUUUGCCGCUUUCGCUUUCCUCUUCCGGACUCCCGUCCUCUACCAAGCUCUUGGCUUCCCUGAAGGUCUGCAACCCAUCCUCAUCGGCCUCCUGGUGGUCUUCACGUACGUCCUGGCACCCUACAACGCCAUCAUCAACUUCGCCAUGACCAUCCUCUCCCGGCGCUUUGAGUACCAGGCAGACGCCUUUGCGCAGAAACUGGGCUUCGCAGCCGAAUUAGGCAAGGCUCUGGUGAAGCUUCACGUGGACAAUCUGGGUUUCCCAGUUUACGAUUGGCUCUACUCCGUCUGGAAUCACUCCCAUCCGACCCUCCUCCAGCGACUGGCACGACUAUCCGGCGACAAGAAGACCAACUGACUUUGUACACUAAACACGAUCUUUAAUUGAAAAUAAAAAUCUAAUACACUUAA